AUGAAACCAAUUGAGAAACUAUUCGUUGGCAACUCGCUGGACUCCGUAGCUGUUCUACAAAAAGCUCUAGACUUUGGAAUUGACUUUUUGGGAGAUGAAUGGAAAAAUGUGAAUAGGAGUGAAGUGACUGUGACAAGAAUAUUAGGUGGUCAAUCGAAUCACAUGUUCCACGUGACGUCAUCAACAUCUGCGACUUCGUUUGUUUUACGAAUUCAUCGAGAAGGACAAAGCCAGUUUGACACAGAUAUUGUGAAUUUUGCAAUCUUUUCUGAAAGAGGACUUGGCCCGAAACUUUAUGGUUUUUUUGAAGAAGGACGAAUGGAAGAGUUUCUUCCCAGUGUUACUCUGAAACUCAACGACGUUCUGAAUACUGAAAUCUCUCGUAAAAUUGGAGCGGCUUUUCCCAAAUACCAUGCAAUCAAUGUUCCGGUAUCUAAAAGUCGAAGAUGUUUUCAAAUUAUGAGAGAAUCACUUCAUGAUUAUCAAGCCCUCGGCGGUGGCGACUUUGCAAUUUUCCCCACGGUGGUCACCUAUUCAGAACACCCAAAAAGUAUUUCUAUCAAGGAUUUGCUAACAGAAAUCGAUCUUCUAGAAAAAUGGUCGAUCGAUUUGUUCGAGAAUACUUUGGUUUUCUGUCACAAUGAUUUGACGUCAUCCAACAUCCUUCAACUAAACUCCACUGGAGAACUUGUAUUCAUUGAUUGGGAAAAUGCAUCCUAUAACUGGAGAGGAUAUGAUUUAGCGAUGCAUUUGUCUGAAGCUGCUGUAAUUCGAAACACUUGCCCGCCUGGAAUUGUGAUAAAUGAGGAGUUAACUGAUAAUCCACCUAACCUCCAGGCGUUUUGUGAAGCUUACGUGGAUUCGGAGAACAAGAUCAAAGGCCUUCUGUCAUCAAAUAUUUCAUCUCAAGUGAAUUCCUUGAUCCAAGAAUGUAAAUUCUUCUGGCCCAUAACUCAUCUCUUCUGGGCAUGUUUUAUCAUGAAAUUGGGAUUGUUUGAGUGUAAUCGUGAAAUCAAAUUGAAUGCUCAAGCUCGCGAACAUUUGGCAGUUUACUUCCAUCUAAGAUCAAGGUCUGAGAUGAUUUACAAGAAAUUGAGUGAGAACUGA